AUGACACGGCCGAACAUUUCCUUUGUAGUUGGAGUAGUCAACCGAUUUAUGCAGAAGCCUAAGAAACCUCACUUAGAAGCAGUUCGAAGAAUAUUGAGAUAUGUCAAAAGUACAAUCGAUUAUGGGAUCUUUUACAAGAGAGGUGAAAUUAUCAAGUUGGAAGGUUAUUGCGAUGCUGAUUAUGCAGGAGAUCACGACACUCGGCGCUUGACAACAGGCUAUCCAUUUAGUCUUGGUUCAAGAGUAAUCUCUUGGUGCAGCAAGAGACAACCUACAGUGUCACUUUCCACAACAGAAGCUGAGUAUCGGGCAGCAGCAAUAGCAGCUCAGGAAAGUGUUUGGUUGUCACAGCUUAUGAACGACCUGCAUCAACCCAUCGACUAUCCAAUUCCAUUAAAUUGUGAUAAUCGUUCGACUAUACAAAUGGCUGAGAAUCCGGUGUUUCAUGCGAGAACAAAACACGUGGAGGUUCACUAUCACUUUAUCAGAGGAGUUCACUAUCACUAUCAGAGAGAAGGUUCUACAAAGAGAGAUUUAAAUGGAAAUUAUUCAAGACGGAGGAUUCACCAGCCGAAUUUUACAAAGAGUUCAAACACAAAUAAAAUAUAA